AUGGACUUUGAUCUUCGGUGUAUGGGGACCACGAUUGGCAAGGACCGCAUCAUCCCUUUGACCUUCUCCUUGCUGAACCACUCCUGCUGCCCCAAUGCCAAGAUCAGCUACCUGAACGAUUUGGGCACGCUCCGCUGCAUCCGGCCCAUUCAAGAGGGGGAGGAGAUCCUCGUCUCGUACAUUGAUGAGUUUCAAGACGUGCUCUCAAGACGCUACUUCUUCCUGGAGCUGACUGGCGCCAAGUGCCUUUGCCCCCGCUGUGCGGCCAACUUUGGCCAGGGCGGCGAUGUGCUCAGCCGGUGGAUCUGCCCCAGUUGUCGAGAAGUUCUGGAGGAUGAGGCCGUCCACUGUGCCUGUGGACUGACGGUCACGGCCGGCGAGCGGCGCAGCCGGCGGGGCGCGGAGCAACGCUUCUGGGAGCUACUGGGACAGGAGACUCGACGCUUCUUGAAGGUGGCAGGCAGUGGCAUCGCCGAAGAGAUCAAGAACUCCAUGAGCACGGUCAGCAAGGUCCUCUCAGAGCUGCAUCACCUGCGGCCUUAUGGUAGCCCUGCCAGCAUCAAGGCGGCAUCGAUGCUGCGCAGUGCCUACGCCAGCGUGCAACGCGGCAGCCCCCAGCUGAAUGAGUUCGCCCGGAGGAUGGAGCUGGACUACUGCAAAGAGCUGGCGAAGCACCAUAGCCUCCUUGCCGAAGAGGUGGCCGCUUUCCACAAGCUGCCCAGCUCCGUGGAUGACGACGUCUUGCGGCGCUUGGUCUCUGCGCUGCGCCUGCAUGAGCUCGUGGCACCCGCAUGUGGCGGUGCGACGAGCCUGCGGCGCGUAGGACCAAAGGCGGAUGGAGGCUACGUGGUCUUUGACCAGGGGAAUUGGCCCAUUUGCAAGAACCUCCUCAGCUACGGCGUCGGGACCAACGUUGACUUUGAAUGGGAGCUAGCGUCGUCUGGGACCAAGGUCAUCCUCUUUGAUCACACGGUCCACGGCUUGCCACGGCAGCAUCCCAACAUCACUUUCGUUCAGGAAGCGCUGUGUGAUCGCAGUCUACCAGGGGCUGGCAACACCUUGUCUGAGCACCUGCGGCUUUGUCAUCAAGGCUCCUUGAUGUUGAAGAUGGACGUGGAGGGGGCAGAGUUCUCAGCCCUCCUGGCGUCGAAGGAGAUCGUGGGCCACUUCGACCAAAUCUGCUUAGAGCUGCACUGGCUCGGCCGUCCUCACCGCUCGGCCUCCGCUUUGACCAAGGCGCUGGCUUUGGAGCUGCUCCAGGAGCACUUUGUCUUGCUCCAUGCGCAUGGCAACAGUUAUGGGGACGUCAUGGAGGUAGCAGGCUGCCUCAUCCCUGACGUUCUUGAGGUGCUUUAUGUGAAUCGGAGGCUCUUAAGCCCCACGCAGUUUCGGCCCAAUGCUCCUCCAGUCGAACUCGCACGACCUGCGGUGCUUGUGCAUUCAACGGCGCGGCCCAAGAGAAAGGCCUUUUGCCCAACGACGUUUUAG